UUUCGAGUAUAAGUAUGGGGUCUAUUCAAGGUAAAUUCAGUCUGUAACAUUAACGCAACAAGAUUUUUUUUUAAAUUCAGCAAAAUGUUCCUUCAUUAUGCUUUGCUCUUCACUAUGGUUGCGCUAGCAGUUUCAAUAACUGCAGGUGGCCUUGUUCAAAGUAAAAGCAGAGGCGUAACCAGCCAAACGGAACGUUUAUUUGAAAUUGGCCGAAAAGACUUGAAAAAACUUAAAAAUCUUUAUUCACCGGAUGGCAAGAAGAGUUAUGUCACCUAUGUGACGAUCAGUAAUUACAUUCGAUGGUUUGAACAAAAUCCAAAACUGACAAAUGUCAAGUUUUACUCCUUGAAUGGCAAUUUCUCCGAUGGGACUUUUGUUGUGACGGAUGGUUAUGCUGUAACUGCGGAUACAUUGAAUGAGUCUUAUGAUAGACUGUAUCGGUUACUAUUGCUAUUUGACUUUUCCAAAAGCUAUGUUUUCAUUGGUGUUCGAAAUGAACUUAAACCCACUGUCAAUCGGGCUCUUGAUGAGUUAAAUGUGAAAAUUACUGAAGAUUCCCCAGAUUUGCUCUACUAUUUGGCAAAAGAAGAAGCUUUGAAAUUCGACGUUAAGGUUCCAGAAGGAAUAGAACUGCGACCAAUAAACGAACCUCAUGAUAUAAAAAAAGUAAUCUCCGUGUACCCGCAUCCAAGACAGAGUUUUCCUGACUAUCUUCAACAGUUGGCUAAAUACAAUCCUAACGUUGGAGCAUUCACAACGGAUGGCGCCUUGGUUGCUUGGAUAUUUCGUUAUCCUUCAGGCUUACUCGGCAUUCUGCAAGCAGACCAAAAGUAUAAAGGUAAAGGAUAUGCUGCAUUAGUAACUAAAUGCCUAUCGAAAAAGGUGGCUGAAAUGGGUCAUGAUGUUUACAGUGCUAUCAUAGAAGAUAAUAAACCGUCCCGAUCACUUUUUACUAAACUUGGUUUUAAACCAAUUGCCCGAAUACAUUGGAUAGAUACGGAAAAACAUAUAGUCUCCAGCUAAUAAUUUAUUUCAUCCAAAUUAUAGAUUCAUUGUUAAAAAGCUACUAAAUCAGUUUCAAUAAAAAUUUCAAUUUAUAAAACUUUUUAAC